GUUCAGCACAAUGCAGAUAAAUCUACUACACUGAAACUAGCUGAUUUUGGCCUUGCAAAGCAGGUUACAAAACCCAUAUUUACUGUGUGUGGAACACCAACAUAUGUUGCCCCUGAAAUACUUGCUGAGAAGGGCUAUGGGCUCGAAGUAGAUAUGUGGGCAGCUGGUGUGAUCCUUUACAUUCUGCUCUGCGGUUUUCCCCCUUUUCGCAGUCAGGAGCGUGAUCAAGAAGAGCUGUUUCAGAUCAUACAGCUGGGUCACUACGAGUUCCUUUCCCCAUACUGGGACAAUAUUUCUGCAGCAGCAAAAGACCUCAUAACCAGGCUGUUGAUAGUGGAUCCCCAGAAGCGCUACACAGCACGACAAGUACUUCAGCACCCUUGGAUCAGAACAGCUGGAAAAACUAACAGCAGAAAUUUGCAGAGGGAAGUGACAAUAAAUAUUGAGCGUCAUUUCCGGGCCCAGCGCCGAAAGGAAGUUGCAGAUGAGGACACAUGAAAUCUCUUCAAGCUCAUUUAGUCUUCUUUUUGUUGAUUAACAAAUUAUUUAUGUUUUCUUUUCUAAAUGAAUUGGGCCUUUAGUGUAUAGCUGUUGCUGGCCAUCACCAUGCCUUUUUUUUUGAUUCUGAGAUUCUGAAGGACAGAGAUCAAAUUCGCAUCCACUUCCCUCUGAUGUUACUUAGGAGUCUCUCUGUUGACAGCAGUGGGGACUAGAUAUUUCCUGGAGGGUAUCUAUUAUUUUUCUUUAAAUACUGAUUUGGGCUUUUACAUUACAAAAUGUAUGUCUUUUAGAUGACGAAUGUCUGCUUCUGUGGCUGACACUGGUGAUGACUGUGAAAUGCUUUCUCUUUUCUCUUUUUGUAU